AUGACCGUUGAAGCUGCCGCUGCCGUUGUCUCAACAGAAUCAUACGUCUUCCAAGGCACCAUCAACAAGAAGCCUCCCCAUGUGAUCGGCGGAAAAGGUGUCUACAUGACCAUUGAGAAGGACGGUAAGGUCUACGAAGACGUUUUGGACGCUGUCACCGGUGCUGCUGUCGGUGCCCUCGGAUGGGGCGACGAGGAAAUCUUGCCCAUCAUCGAAAAGGCGGCCAAAAACCAUACCUACAGUUUCCCAUCGAUCAUUGGUAACCAGGCCUCUGAAGAUUUGGCCAAGUUCUACAUCGAAAACUCGCCCAAGGACGUUUUCGCCGCUGCUUUGUGGUGCUGCUCGGGUUCCGAAAGUAACGAAAAUGCCAUGAAAAUUAUCAGACAAUACCAAAUGGAACGUGGUUGCCCAGAAAAGACCAAAAUCAUCUCCAGAGACAUCUCGUACCACGGCUUCACCUUGGGUGCCCUAUCGAUCUCCCACUGCGGCCGUGCCGAUCUUUUCAAGGACAUUUCGAUCGACCAAACCAACACAUGCUUGAAAAUGCCAGUCUGCUACCCUUACCGCUACCAACAAAAGGGCGAGACCGAAGAACAGUACUCCCAGCGUCUAUUGGACGCUUUGGAAAAAAUCAUUUUGGACAACGACCCUAAGACCGUGUCUUGCGUUCUUGUUGAAACUUUGCCAGGUUCUUCCCUAGGUACCGUUCCUUCGCCAAAGGGUUACUUGUCCGGAAUCCGUGCCCUCUGCAACAAGUACGAUGUCAUCUUCAUGUUGGACGAGGUUAUGUGUGGUACCGGUAGAUGCAACCCUAACGGAAAAUUGAACUGCUGGGAAAGCUUCAUUGGACCAGAAGACGCUCCUGACAUUCAAACCGUUGGUAAGACUCUAGGUUCCGGUUACGUUACCAUCGCCGGUGUCCUUGUGGGUCCAAAGAUCAGAGAUGCAUUCAUCAACGGUUCCAACGCGGUCUUCGGUUCUCACACCUACGCCUCGCACGGUUUCAACUGUGAAGUGGCUCUUGGUGUUCAAAAGAAGAUCUCGCGUGAAGGUCUAACCGCCAACAUCUUCAAGAUGGGUAACCUAAUGGGCUCCAAGUUGCAAGACGCUUUGCUAAAGGAGGACAACAUUGUUGGUGACGUCAGAGGUAUUGGUGGUUUCUGGUCGCUAGAAUUCGUCAAGGACAAGGCCACCAAGGAAGUUUUCCCUGUCGAACUUGACAUUGGUCACCGUUUCCAAAAGGUUUGCUUCGACAACAAGCUAAGUGUAAUGGGUAUGCAAGGUAACGCUGACGGUACCUCCGGUGACAUUGCUCUACUUGCCCCAGCUUUCAUCAUCACUGAAGGUGACGUUGAUGCCAUUGUUCAGAAAGUCAUUGAGUCGGUUAAUCAAUUGACCAAAGAAAUGAAAGCCGAAGGCACCUGGUAA